AUGACGGGAUCAUCGCUGAUCAAGUUCACACUCAACUACGAGGUGCUCGACGAGUUUGUGAACUCGACGAAAGCGCUUUUCCAGGAGCAUGACAAGAGGAUCGCUGUCCUUGAGAAGCAGCAGGUAGCGCUGACAAGUCAGAACCAAGCUCUGCAGAAGCAGCUCAAGGUGUACAUGAAGCGAUCCCUUGCGGUGCCUGUACUGAUGGGCAUUACUGCCGAGCAGGUCAUCGAUAUGGAGGUGCAGAAUCAAGGACUGAGGGAAGAGAACGCGUUGUCCUUCACCAAGAUGUAUCAGAAGCUGGAGAGCACAUCCACAUCUGAUGGUUUACAGAAAGAGUUUAUGAUGUUGAAAGAAGAGUCCGACAAUCGUAUGCUCAUCCUUGAGAACCUUAUGCGUGAAAUCGGAGGAGACAAGGUGAAGGGCAUGAUCAACGAUAUCUCAUCUCUCCAGCACGACACUGUCGCGCUGUGGAAGGAGAAUGCUCGGAUGGUGCUGGAGAUGGAACACAGGGCCCACCACGAUGAGGUGCAAGAAAUCCGCAAACAGCUGCGAGAGGUCAAGAGGGAGGUUGAGGUCGUGAGGAUCAACAGCGGGGAGGAGGCAGAGCAGGAGAGAAGGAAGGAAAUAUCGGACCUCAAGGACUCGUUGUGUAACCUGCUGUCAGAGGCUGAGCUGAGCUCCCGGCUGGUCAAGUCUUCGCUUGAGCGAGCAGACGAGCUGAAGAUGAAAUCAGCAGACACCGACAGAGUGAUUGACAAUCUCAAACUUGACAUCGGCGAGGUGAGAAGAGAAAACAUCAUCUCACAAGAUCAUCUUCAUGGCAUGUCGUACAAGCAUCUUACUCACUUGAUCUCCUGCAGCAAGCGAAGAAUCUUGUUGAGGCACAGAACCUUGUGCGAGCUCUGCUAG